AUGCUGUGCUUGGGAAGUUUAAAAAUAAUGAAGUGGAGGCAGCUUUUCUGGAUUGCGCUCUGUGUUGUGGAGUUGUCUGGCAAUGCUUCUGGGACCCCAACAUCCCCCACCCCACGAACAGCCGUGACCACAGAAACGAAAGGCAUCAGCAGCACGGCAGCCACCGGAGCCCACGGAGCCCCCAGCAGUGCCAAGCCGACGCCAGAGAUGUCCGCUGCAGCCACAUCCCCGGCUGCCAGGACCACCUUCCCGGGGCUCAGCAGCGAGCGGACGAGCCCGCAGCUCAGCCGAGACCCCACGCAGAUGCUGGGCACCCCCUUGGACCCCAACCACACGAGCCGAGGGGUCCCCACAACCGAGAACCCAGCCACACAACCCAGGACAAUGGAAGAAAUCCCAGGACCCACGCCAGCUAUGACAAGCUCUCCUGUCACCUCGGGGCAUCCUUCCAUCCCGGCCAGCACCACGCCGCUGCCCACAGUCAGGGGUAGCCCGAAGAACAUCACCUGCCACAACGUCAAAGAAGUGAGUGACACCGGAGCCAUCUGCUUGCAGCUCAACGAGUCCAGCACUUGCAAACAUUUUUUAGAGAUGAAGGGAUCGGACUUGUGGAGUGCAAUAUGUGAAGAAAAAAUCCGCCCCAUUUCCCCCCCCUGCCAAAUUAAACUUGCUAAAUCUGAGGUGGACCACGACUGCAUGCUCCUCAUCCUCGUCGGUGAGACAGAUCCUGCUACAGAUAUACUACAGGAGUCUCACUGGGAAAAGUUUGGAAUAAAAUCCCUUAAACGGGGGAGAGUGAGGAACCACCAGGACUUUUCUCAGAAGACCCUGAUCGCCUUGGUCACAUCUGGACUCAUGCUGGCGUUCCUGGGCUUGGCUGGAUAUUUCCUGAUGAAGCGGCGGAGCUGGAGCCCCGCGGGAGAGAGGCUGGCUGAAGACCCAUAUUACACAGAAAACGGUAGCCAGGGAAACACGAUGUUGAUGAUGUCCCCCCAAGAGCAACGUGAGCUGCAGGAGAAGCCAAACCUCAACGGUGGGACUCAGGAGAACGGGACUGGCCAAGCGUCCUCCAAAAACGGCCACUCAGCCAAGCAGCACAGCCCCGCCGACACCGAAAUGUGA